UUGGAUCCGUAUUUAAAGCAGAGGUCAUGGCAUUUGACCCGCUGCAAACCGCUGGACUGGUUCUUGGGUUCUUCGGCAUGGUGGGGACUCUGGCCACAGCACUUCUGCCUCAGUGGAGAGUAUCAGCUUUUGUUGGCAGCAACAUUAUUGUCUUUGAAAGGGUCUGGGAAGGGCUCUGGAUGAACUGCAUCCGACAAGUCAAGGUUAGGUUGCAGUGCAAGUUCUACAAUUCUUUGCUGGCUCUCCCACCUGACCUGGAAGCAGCCCGUGCCCUCAUGUGUGUAGCUGUUGCCUUAUGUCUGAUUGCUCUGCUUAUUGGCAUCUGUGGCAUGAGGAAGAUUCAGUGCACAGGCGCUAACGAGAGGGUUAAAGCAUAUCUUCUGGGGACUUCGGGAGUCCUCUUUAUCCUGACGGGCAUCUUCGUUCUCAUUCCGGUGUCCUGGACAGCCAAUACCAUCAUCAGGGAUUUCUACAACCCAGCCAUCCACAUAGGUCAGAAACGAGAGCUGGGAGCGGCACUCUUCCUUGGCUGGGCAAGUACCGCUGUCCUCUUCAUCGGAGGGGGUCUGCUUUGUGGGUUCUGCUGUUGCAACAGAAAGAAGCAAAAGCACAGAUAUCCAGCCGCUGGGCAUCCUGCGCCGCACACAGAUAAGGGACAACAGAACCGGACAGUGCUUAGUAAGACCUCCACCAGUUACGUCUAACACCUGCUUUUCACUCAAACUGUGGGUUAUGAUCAAUGUGUUUUAUAAAGACUUGCCAGAAACUGUAAGUACAUCAGGCAGGAGAACUUGCUUUAUGACUGUUUUCAAACUGAGAUGAAAAGUUUAAAGGGCAUAUAGAUUGUAGUCAUCUGUGAGAGGAAUAAAAAGGACUUGCUUUAGACAUUCUGACCUCAUGUGUAUUAAAUGCAUUUACUAUUACUGGACUCAC